AUGUUCAGCGGUUCGGGUCACGUUCAAUUGGACUUCUCGGCGAUACCAAAGUUGUAUGGCCCGGAGAAUUUCUGGCACUGGCGUAUGCUUUUGCGCGCCUACUUGGAAUCUGCUGACCUGUGGCGGGAUGAUCACCCAAAGGAGAGCCCACAUGCAAAAUUCAUACUUUUGGCCACUGUGCAGGCUGACAAGAUUGAGCCAGGAUAUGAUGACGAGUCACCCAAGCAAAUAUUUAAGAGCCUAGAGGAACGGUUCCGUCCAUAUUAAUGAGAAAGAAAAAC